AUGGCAGAUAGGUAUGAAAAUCAAGUCGAAAAUGAAUUAGGAAAAAAUAUGACUAGUUUGAGAGCUAAGAAGGUUAACAAAAAUAAGGAAUUAAAACAAGCAGCUGCCAAAAAGAUAAAAACAUUGAAAUUAAUAAAUAAAAAGAAAAGAAAUGACUUACGACAAAGAACAUUAAGGUAUGAAGAAGAAUAUGAAAGUGAAAGGAAAAAAAUUAUAGAAUUAAAAAGAGAGGCAAGAAAAAACAACUGUUUUUAUAGAGAAGCUGAAAAGAAAGUUGUAUUUGUUAUAAGAUUAAAGGGUGUUAACAAAUUGCCUCCAAAGGUUAGAUCUGUUUUCCGUUUAUUAAGAUUAUUACAAGUACACAAUGGUGUAUUUGUAAAGGUAAAUAAGGCAACAAAAGAAAUGUUAAAAAUUGUUGAGCCUUAUGUUACUUAUGGAUAUCCCACUUUAUCGACUGUAAGAAAAUUAUUAUACAAGAGAGGAUAUGUAAGAGUUGGAAAAGUAAGAAGAUAUGCAAGAAAAAAAAUACAAGACAAUGCUGAUAUUUCAAAACAUUUAGGAAAAUAUAAUGUACAUGGAAUUGAAGAUAUGGUAUAUCAAUUGUAUACUUGUGGACCUGUUUUUAAAAAAGUUAAUAAUUUCUUAUGGGCAUUUAAAUUAAAACCACCCAGAAAAGGAUUCAAAGCAAAGAGACAUGCAUUCAACGAACCAAGACCAGGAGACUGGGGAAACAGAGAAGCUCACAUUAACGAAUUAAUUAACAGAAUGAUCUAA